AUGUCUCGACAGGUGGUCCAGGUCCAGCCGGAGAGCAGGGUUCAGGGGCCAGGACAGUGGAGCACUGGCCUGUGUGAGUGCUAUAAAGACAUGGGAGACUGUUGUUUUGCCCUGUGCUGCCUCCCAGUGUUUACCUGUAAGGUGACCAAUGCAGUGGGUGCCUGUCCCUGCCUGCCUCUGCUGGACUGUAUCGGCUGCGUACCACCGGCCUCUCUCGCCAUGAGAGCAUCUGUCAGGGAACGAUAUGGCAUACAGGGGAGUGUGUGGAGCGACUGCCUGUAUGGAUGCUGCUGCUAUCCGCUAUCUUGGCUCCAGAUCUCCAGAGAGCUGAAGAGAAGAGCAGCAUCCCACGCCUCCUCCUCCUCCUCGGUCAGAUACACUUCUCUGACCUCCCUGCAGGGGGCGCACUUGGUCUAGGCACAUGCGGCACUCCUGUGUUCUGCUGCAGCCUGCCCUCCAGUGUACAGGAGUUGAUUUAAUCACACUUCCUCUGAUCUGCAGCCACUCCCUGUUACCUCAGAGAAUUCAGCAGUAACAAAGACUGUCCCACAGCAAGGAAAGUUCAGUUUGUCCCAUGAUGAAGUGAAAGAAGUGUGAAAAAUGUAUUAGAAUAGUAGAGCAGGGCUAAUUUUGCAUGUUAUUAUAUGUAGCAAAAUUUGCUUAAUGUUUUCUUUCAGUGGUGGAAAGUAAAUAAGAGCGUAUAUCCAAGCACUGUAUUUAAGUGCAAUUGUGAGAUACCUCUACUUUACUUGAUUUCAGAGAGAAAUGUUGUACUUUAACUUCACUACUACUUUUUUAUCUGGCAGCCAAAGUUACUAGUUAACUUUCAGUAGAUUUUACUUACACAAAAAACAUAUAUCAAGCUUAUAAAAUUGUUAUAAAUUAAAUAAGUCUUUCUCAACCUUGUUGCCCUGUUACCCUUUAAAAAAAAAAAAAAAGCAGUCUACAUGUUUCAGAUGUCAGGGUAUUUCACAUCUGUGACAGCACCAUGAAUGCUGAAAGGUACAUACCUGUAUUUGAGCAAGGUAUGCCGCCGUCCAGAUGACAACGCCAGGCCAGAUUCUGCAUGCCUUUAUAGUAAAAGGGUGUGGGUACUAGACUGGCCUACAUUCAGUCCAGACCUUCCUCCCUUUGAAAAUGUGCAGCAUCUGAAGCACCUUAUGCCAAUUAUGAAGCACAAAAUACAACAACGGACACCCCGGACUGUUGAGCAACUGAAGUUGAAUAUCAAGCAACAAUGGGAAAGAAUUUCACUUUGAAAAAUAUAACACUGUCUGACUGAUGUUAAAAGAAGGGGUGAUGUAACACAAUGGUAAACACGCCCCAGUGCUAACGUGUUGGAAUGUGUUGCAAGCAUCAAAUUCAGAGUGACUGUAUAUUUACAAAACAAACAAACAAAAACAAUAAAGUUGAUCAGUUUGAACAUAUCGUGUCUUUGCACUGUAUUCAAUUGAAUAAAGGUUGGAAAGGGUUUGCAAAUCAUUGCAUCCUGGUUUUAAUUAAGUUUACAAUGUAACACAACUGUUGGAAUUGUGCUAUGACUUUUCACAACAUUUUUAUGACAUACUAUGUUAUGA